AAGAUGUGUUCAGUGUUGUAGAGUUGUGUGUGUUUAAACCAAACUGUUGUCUUGUAGGUGUUUCUCUUUUGGGAUUGGGGAAGGAGCCAGCUCUGCUCUCAUCAAUGGGUUGGCCAAAGAAGGAGGAGGACACGCUCAGUUCAUCACAGGGACUGAUAGGAUGCAACCAAAGGUGAUUCAGUCGCUGAGAUUUGCUCUGCAGCCGGCUGUGGAAGACAUCUCCAUCACAUGGGACUUACCAAAGAGAGUGACCGCCACUGUCCUGUCUCCACCAAUCACAUCCAUGUUCCAGGGUCAGAGGUCACUGGUCUACGCCCAGCUCACUGGUCAGAGUUCAAAGGCAACAGAGGGCAGUGUGACGGUGAAGUACAGCCUGGCAGGUCGACCCUCUCAGAACCAGCUGCACUUCAGUCUCAAACCUGCAGAGGACACUGGAUUAACUGUCCACAGGUUGGCGGCUCGGACUCUGAUUCGCUCCCUGGAGAUGGAGGACAGAGAUGAUAGGAGAAAGAGUGAUGCAAGAGUGAAGAAGAAGGUGGUGCAGCUCAGUGUCCAAUCAGGAGUGAGCAGUUCCUUCACGGCCUUCAUUGCUGUCAACAAAGCCAGCGGUAAAGCCAUCCAGGGACCUCUGGUGCGCAGAAACGUCCCAACAGCCAUGUGUUAUAUGAGGCCACAAGCUUGCAGUUCGGUGGUGUACUGUGAUCUGAGUAUGGCAGAGUGUGAAGACGAUUUUGAACCAAUGGAACUAUGUGUGCCUCAGUGCCUUGAGAGCAGUAAUGAAGGUAUUUGUUCUGUAUGAAUGGUGCACACACUUUUUUGACAUGUAUUGAUCAAGUGUAGCUUUGUGUUUCUUAGUUUGACUGUAGUUGUUUAAGUGUGUGGCAUAAAUGUCAUCGUAUCUGCAAGUUUGACUGUGGCCACUCGAGUGUCAUCCAGAAGUAGUUGUGAAAGAAGCGGACAGCAAAAAAGUGAUUCAACCUGAUGUCGCUGUUUGAAUCUUGGUUGCUGUGCGCCUCUUUAGCUCUGCUCCUGUAAUUGCAAACUGAUCCAAAUAUAAAUUUAAAAAAGAAAUCUGGCUGUGAAUGCUACUGUAAGCAUUUUCUUUCAUAUCUAACACCAAAUGUUUUAAACCGCUGUCGUCAAGAUUUCUUCUUUUAAAUGAUAAAUACU